CCCAGGUAUCACAUCCGGCCCUUGGUCCUGGGUCUGAGAGGAGGCGAGGAGCCGCGGCCCCCCGCCUGGCUCCCUGCCCUGCUCUGCGUCUCCCCUCCGCUCCCUGGCUACUCACUUACAUGGGGCGAAGCCUCGUGGCCCCUGGCGGGGCUCAGCCCCCUGAGACCCCACAGGCCUGGGUACAAGCCAGAGCAAGGAGGAGGAAGGAGGGAAGAAUGGGCCCCGGGCUCCUGCCCCCCAGGGCCCCCCAGGUCUCAAUGACUUUCAAGGAUGUGGCUGUGGACUUCACCUGGGAGGAGUGGGGCUACCUGGACACUUCCCAGAAGGAGCUUUACUGGGAGGUGAUGCUGGAGAACUACAGGAACCUGGUCAGCCUGGGCCUUGCAGAUUCCAGCAUGGAUGUGAUCUCUCAGCUGGAGCCAGGGGAAGCACAUUGGAGUCUAAGUGACAGUGUCCUCAACACCUGCAGGCCAGAUUGGGAUACCAGGCCUCAGACCAAGGAGUCUUCUCCAGAGAUGGGCAUUUCUGUGGAAGACUUAUCCCAGCAAAGGUCCUUGUGGGAUGACCCGUGGAUGGACCAAGCCAGGGAGUCUUAUGACAGAAUGAAGAGAGAUCAGAGCAAUGAGGAGAAACCUAGGCAAGAAAAAGUAAUCCAGACAGAAACUGCUGGUGAAAUCAGAGGUUCUGAUUAUAGUAAAUAUGGCCAAACCUUUAACCCAGGGGCAGUCCUUUUGCUACAACAGGAAGUUUCUUUAGUAAUGAAUCUCCACAAAGGUGCUGAUCAGAGAAGGAGCUUCACCAUGGAGUCAGACCAAAGAUAUUGUAAUCAGAUUUUUUCACAGAAGAAAUAUUCUGAGGUUAACAAAUGUCAGAAAGCCUUCUCUUAUGAUUUUGACCUCAUUGACAAACAAGAAAUUCAUGAUGAAGAGGAACUUCAUGAAAGUGGGAAUUCUUUCAUAGUGUAUAAUGAACUUAAUCUGUCCCAGGGAACUGAUCCAGGUGAAACGUGUUAUGAAUUGACUCAGUGUGGGAAGACAAUCUAUCAAAAAGCAGAUCUUAAUCAACAUUCUGGUAGUCAGAAUAAAACCAAAUCUUAUGAAUGCAGUGAGUGUGGAAAGGCUUUCCACCUUAAAACAGGUCUUACCCAGCAUUUCAGAAUUCAUAGUGGAGAAAAACCUUUCAAAUGCAAUGACUGUGGAAAGUCCUUCUGCCAGAAGAUAGACCUUAUACGACAUUGCAGGAUUCACACUGGAGAAAAACCUUUUAAAUGCAGUGAUUGUGGGAAAGCCUUUCCACGGAGCACAACCCUCACUCUACAUCAGAGAACUCACACUGGAGAGAGACCCUAUGAAUGCAAAGAAUGUGGGAAGACAUUCCGAUCCAGCUCUAACCGUACUCAGCACUGGAGUACUCACACAGGAAUAAAACCUCAUCAGUGCAGUGUAUGUAGGAAGGCCUUCUCCCAGAAAUCUGCUCUUAAUGAUCACAACAGAGUUCAUACUGGAGAGAAACCACAUGCAUGCUCUGAAUGUGGAAAGUUCUUUCGCCAGAAGUCAGAUCUUAGACAACACUUUAGCAUUCAUAGUAGAGAGAAACCUUUUAAGUGCAGUAAUUGUGGAGAAGCCUUUGCAAGGAGCACAACACUGACUCAGCAUCAGAGAACUCACACUGGAGAGAUAUCCUGUGUGUGCAAUGAAUGUGGAAAGGCCUUCACUCAGAAAGGUCUUCCAGUACAUAUUGGAAAAAUACAUAAUAGAGAGAAGUCUUAGGAAUGUAGUGAAUGUGUGAAGGCAUUCUCAGGGAUAACAGUAUUAACUUAACCUCAUAGAUUUUUAUGUUGAAAAACCUCAUUAAUAAAAUCUUGUAAAGCAUACUUUUAUCUGGAAAAGACUCCUGACAAAUGUACUCAAUAUUGGACAGGAACCAUACGCAUUUAGUGCAUGUGGAAAGCCCUUCACUUACUGGUAGGGAACAAUUUAUUUCUAUUCAGCAGAUGGGUCAUUGACUGGAGAUGCAAGGAAGGCAUAUAUUUUCACAAAGUAACCAAUAUGUUUCCUUUAUUUUUUCUUUUUUUCUUUUUUGCAAGGCAGUGGGCGUUUAAGUGACUUGCCCAGGGUCACACAGCAAGUGUCAAGUGACUGAGGCCAGACUUGAACUCAGGUCCUCUUGACUUCAGGGCCAGUGCUCUUUCCACUACACUACCUAGCUGCCCCCUUAUUUUCCUAUCUUCAUUAUACUUGUUACAUGGAAACUCUUAAUUGGAUAGGGGAGAUUUGGUAGUGAGUGACAGCAAUGUAUCCAAAAAGUAAAGGGACCAUUAAUAAAAGAAAACCUGUAAUCACAGAAGUUCCUACAUAUCAGAUUUCCAAUAUCAAAUAACAUAGAUAAAGGGGACACAAUAGUAUAGUAAAGAAAGUGAGUUUAGAACAGUUAAGUUGCUUCUUGAUUAGUUAUGAGUGGUUUUACUUGGAAAGUGGUCAGCAUUCAAGUGCUUUAGGGAUUUGUGUUGAGCCCUAAUCCAUUGAACAUUUUUAUCAGUCUUGAGAGAAUCUGUAAAACACUUUGUAAAUUUUUCUGUUGUUGAAUGAAUUGUUUUAAAAUUUUUAUUUUUUGAAAUAACAUUUUCUUUUUCUUCCCAACUUCUCCCCUUCCCAAUUGAAAAAGAGAAGAAAACAACAAAAUACAAAAUUCUUGUAGGAAUUUGGAUAGUCAAAGAAAACAAAUUCCCGCAUUGACUAUGCCUUAAAACAUUCAGAUUUCUGCACCUCAAAUCCUAUAAUUUUCUGCUAAGAUUGGGGCAGGAUGCUUUAUCAUUAAUCUGGAAGUAUGGUGGUCCUUGCAUU